AUGAGAGCUAUUUGUUACCCCAUUAUUUACAAAGGUGAGACAGAAAUAAAAGAAAAUUUAAAGGAAGAAUUUAAUACCUCACUAGCACUUUUAGAACAACACUUAAAUGGCAGUAAAUGGGUGGCUGGUGACAAUGUAACCAUUGCUGACACAACUAUCUUAGCUUCUUUAUCAGGAAUCUUUGCAACAGGAUGGGAUUUAUCAUCUUUUCCCAAUAUUCAGCGGUGGCUAAAAAAUUGUGCUAGUUUACCGGGGUAUGAAGAAAAUGAAAAAGGCGCAAAAAUGUUUGCAGAGGCUGUUAAAAAAAAUCUUAAAAAAAACCGGGCGACCAGACUCCACCUGGGCACC